CGCUGUUAAUGGUAACCCGCGCGCAAUCACGUAUUCACGGUGGUGUAAGCAUAUCGUCGCCUUAGCUCUGCGGGCUUGCGCUGCAAUCGCGUCGCGUCGACGACGAGCAGUGCUUCAGCAACUGUCGAGGCCGAAUGGUUGGCCUCGUCAACCCUUGAAUAAUAUCCAUCUCUCUCUCUCUCUCUCUUUCUCUCUAUUUCUCUCUCGCUCCUCCUCCUCCUCAUCCUUUUCCCCUACGCGUCGGGGUGCAUCUACGUUGAAUCGGACCGCUGCAAGUCGCGUGCGAACACGGAGUGACCUACGAGAGGAACCGGCACUUUGAUCGUUGAAUUCGAAGGACAAGUGUCAAGAAGGAUUUCAACAUGAGACGAUUGGUUCUCGGCCUUUGCCUACUGUUCGUUCUCGGUUUUUACGGUAUACACGGUUUGCAAUGUUAUCUUUGCAACAGCCACAACGAUAGCCGAUGCGCCGACGACCAUCCACCCGAUGCUCUAAAGAAGGAUUGUUCCGACCUCAAGGACGGCGCGAAAUACACCAUGUGCCGAAAGAUUACGCAAGUCAUUGAGUUUAGCGUUAACGGACUACCGCCUGACACCCGAGUGAUAAGAGGCUGCGGAUGGGACGAAUCGAACUACAAAGGGAAAUGCUACCAGAGAAGCGGUUUCGGCGGCCGUCAGGAAGUCUGCUCGUGUCUGGAGGACUAUUGCAACGCGGCAACGCCGAACGUUCCGGUGUCGACGUCGUUGAUCAUUUCAUGCGUCCUCGCCAGUGUUUUUCUAAUAUUCAUCCGUAAUUAAAUCGAGUUUAACACAGCCAAACAAAACAGAAAGUUAACAUAAUCCCGACCAGACGAGGAGAUGCGUUCGAGAUCGAUUAGAGUUAGGAGGUUCGAUCUUUUUACCAUUGUCAAGAAACGAAUGUAUACACGUUUUCCAUGAUCGAUUACUUGUUACACACUUAUCAGACGAAAUGUAUGUAGAAAAAUUGAAAGAAUGUAUUAGGUGUUUGAAGAAGCGGUAGAUUUCGUGUUGCAAAAAUGGAGACUGGUGAUCUCGAAAGACAGAAGGAAUGAGUUAAUGGGAAUAUGUUUUAAUCCAGAAUUCUAGAGACAGUGCAGUGGCUUCCUACUGUCCAUUGGUUCAAGAAUAUAGUAGUUUUAGAAACGCACGUUAACCCUGACUACCAGAACGUUUUACAGCAAAAUGUGCCAUGAACAGUGGAGAGGAACGACAAUCUGAGUACUCUAAAGUUAGGAGCCUCGAUUUUAAUUGUUGUUAGCGGAUUUUACGAAUUGCUUUAUACGGACAAAAAUACUAACGGACUAAAUGUUAAAAAUUGAUUAUGAUCAUAUAUCGCGAGUCUUGUAUGAUAAAAGAAUAAUGGAUUUUUCUAAUUGACAAAAAUGAAAGUCUGCGGACCAGUUGUUCCAGAUGGAAGAUCGAAUAUUCUGUCGGAGAGUAAUUAAAUAUUUGCUGUGAAACGACGCCUGGGACUCGGGGAACGCUAUGACUUUUGGUACUUUCUGCGAAAACGUCGAACAGCUUGUCGACCGCUCCUCGAUCGUUCAUUAAUAAUUACCUACUAUCAUUGGAGAUAUCCAAUUUAGGUGCUGAAAAAGGUGUGGCGAGACGACGUCACAUUGUGUUCACUUGACAAUUUUUCUGCGUAGAGCUUAAGAAUGAUAUUACACACACGUAACGAUUUACGCAACUUGUUGAAAGUCUAUAUGUUGUGACCACGUUCGCGAUGAAGAGGAGAGGAAUAUCUGUAACGAUAUGUUCUCGUGGCAAACGGGAAAAAUAUAUCAGGGUUGCCGUUGCGGAGAA